GCGCGAGCUGGUGGUCUCCAUGGUAACCAGCGGGGCCCAAGCGAGGCGAGCCUGGAGCCGCCACCACCGCCACGCAGGCCCCGCCCGCACCCAGGCAGCUCAGCCACCAGCCCUCCGCUGCGACCCCGGCCCGGGUCCCAGCUCGGCUUGUGCGCCCGCCAGAGGCUGCCCGCGCCUGCCUCCUGCCACCGCCGCCCCGGCCUGACCUGACCGGGAAGCAGUUCCGCGGGCCGCCGCCGCCGCCGUGACUCAUCUGCCUGUCCGCAUUCCCCGAUCGGGCCAUCUUGGUCGCGGCCGGCGCGGCAGACGGAGCCGCGGAGGAAGCCGCGGAGACCCAGGGCCCAGAACAAGUCCACCCUCCAGUGCAGCCCGCCAUGGCCUUGUGAGGGCGGCGAUCAAGGAGCCACAUCCGGAGCUGGGGAUCCCCAAGGGUCUGCACCCCCUGCCUGGUCUGGCUGUGCUCAUCUCUCGGUCCGUCUGCCCUGCCUUCUUGUUUGGGCUUCUCAGCCACUCUGGGUCUUGAACCCUACCCUUUCCUUGAUUUCUCUCUGGGUUUACCCAAUUUUAGCAUUACAGGUGCUCAGGUUCUGGGAUAACCAAAUCCCCUUCUCCCGCUUCAUCAGUCUCAGCCUUUGGCCGACCUCUGGCCACCAUGGUUCAACCUCAGACCGCAAAAACUGAAACCCCAGCCUCUGCAGCUUCUACCAAUGCCCAAAUGGAUGACGUCAUCGACACCCUGACCUCCCUGCGCCUCACCAACUCCGCGCUGAGGCGGGAGGCCUCGACCCUGCGGGCAGAGAAGGCCAACCUCACCAACAUGCUGGAGAGCGUGAUGGCGGAGCUGACCUUGUUACGCACCCGGGCUCGGAUUCCCGGGGCGCUGCAGAUCACCCCACCCAUCUCGGCCAUUACCUCCAAUGGGACCCGGCCGAUGACAACGCCUCCAACCUCUCUGCCCGAGCCCUUUUCCGGAGACCCUGGCCAGCUGGCGGGGUUCUUGAUGCAGAUGGACAGAUUCAUGAUCUUCCAGGCCUCGCGCUUCCCCGGAGAGGCCGAGCGAGUGGCGUUCCUCGUGUCCCGGCUGACUGGGGAGGCGGAGAAGUGGGCGAUCCCCCACAUGCAACCCGACAGCCCCUUGCGAAACAACUAUCAGGGAUUCCUGGCCGAGUUGCGGAGAACCUACAAGUCUCCGCUGCGGCACGCCCGGCGCGCCCAGAUCAGAAAGACUUCGGCCUCGAAUCGAGCCGUGCGGGAAAGGCAGUCGCUCUGCCGCCAGCUGGCCGCCACGGGCACGGUGCCCUGCCCUGUGCACCCAGCUUCCAACGGGACCAGUCCAGCCCCGGCCCUGCCCACCAGAGCUCGGAACCUUUAGGAAUCGGCCACCACCCUGGUCCGUCUGCCGCCACCCAGGUAGCAUACCCCCUUUGCUGCGUAGAAGAAGUGUCCGUACCACAGCAUCACCCUUGUUUGAAGACAUCCCUUCCCACCUCUCUCGUUCCAUAAGGACAUCUGUCAUUGCUCCUGGGCGCCCUGUGACCCACCUUGCUUCCUGGUAUUACGUGCUAGCUUGGGACCUCCACUGCAUGUUUCCCUUCUCUCGCUUGCAAUUCCAGCUCUUCUAGUGACCACAGCUCUGCUGCUGGGUCACGCUGACCCCGCAACACACUUUGGACCAUUUGGCCUGACCUUUCCCAGCCUGACCAGGUUCACAGACGCUCCUCUUCCACCCUCUGCAGGCCCCACGGCAGCUCCCCACCUGGUUGCCCUGUUCUCAGUAGUGAGCUUGCUGAUGACAGAAAGAAGCCCUUUUGGCCAGGCGGGUGGCUUGAUGGGGGUACCUGGAGUGGAGAGCCUGGCAUCCUGCCCGUAGGUGAUUGCCAGCCCUGCCAGGGCCCAGUGUAGCAGGCAGGGGCCUCGUCUCUGCUGUCAGCGGCCAAGGAUCACAGCUGGGAGUGUGGUUCCAGCAUUUCCGGGGGGCCAGCUUCACUCUGCACAUUAGUAUGCAGUCAUUGUGCCCCAUUGCUGCCACUGGGAAAGACUGAUAAUGCAGCCUUAGGGGGGAUCCCCCGGUGGCUGCACUCCCAUCAGUGCCUGGCUUUAGCUGCCAGUGUUCUGAUAGCGCCAGGACUGGGGGGAAUCCGGAGCUCGCCUGCUAGGAAGGUCGUUGUGACUUGAGAUCACUGGGCAUUUCCAUCAAGCCUCCACAGGCAGCACAUACAUGUCCAUCCCUGCUUGAGACCCCCGGCAGGCUGAGGGUGGGAUCUAGAGGCUCACUUUGCUGCCCUGGACCCCCUGUGGGAAUCAGCGGUGGUGUCCCCCACUGUGGGAAUCAGCAGUCCCCCCUCCUCUUUGCCCCCUGGCACUUGGUGGUGCGCUUGUCUAGCUUGAGACCUGUUCCCUUCUUCCUGCAGGGGACAUGUGGCCUUCACCUCAGCCCCUUGAGCCACACACACGGUCUCUAGGUCUCCAAAACCUCUGUGUAGCGUGUCCUCCCCAGGCCUGGGCUGUCCAUCAGAUGUCCAGCCUUUGUCCCAGAAAACAUGGACUCAGGGCUGGAGACCCAACUCCUCUGGGAUGCAUCACUGAACCCUUAAGGAGAGAGGGUGUCUGCCUCUGCAGCCCCGGCCGAGGCCUUGCUGGCAUUUUCAAAGGAAAAGAGCUGUGGACUGCCUCGGUCCUAAUGCGGCGACAGUGCAGAGCUGGUGCCCGUGUUCUGAUUCUGAGGGACAAACCUGUGCCUCUUAGUGGUGGGUGGCCUUGUGCUUCCUCACGGGGGACGCCCAGAAUCACUUUCUGAAUGAGUCUUGGCCAAGCCCUUUGGGCUGUGAUGCUCCCACCAUAUUUCAAUGCCAAAUGAACCACAUUUCCAUGACCCCCCGGGCGGUGGGAGAUGGGCUGUCUUACCUUGGAUUCAUCUGCCCCUGUUCUGCUGGUCCUGGCCUGACUGCAGGAGGACAGCCUCUGUGCACCCCUGCAGGCCUACGUCUUGGGACCCCCAGAGGUUGGCUCCUAGGGCCCAUCCCCUCUUCCUAAGAGUUUCGAUGGUGCAGGGGAAAGUGACUGCGUUCCUGAAGCAACCACCGCCUACAAGGUCAAGGGUGAUCAGUGGUUGCUGGGGUUCGUGGACCACUGCUGCCCACUCAUCAUAAACUCUGUUAGCCCAGUUGCCCUGCUGAACCACUGCCUGAACCCAGGCUUCAGGCCCCCCUGGAUUCCAGCCAAGGCUGUUCAGGUGGGACCAUGGUGCUCAUUAAGUGUGAAGCGGGGGAGGGCACACAGUGGGCCACUCUUCUGGGGGGCGGGCCCUCCGGUGGGGGGUUGUGCAGAUCACUUGCACUUCCUGCUCUAUUCUCUUCUGCCUACCUGCCAGGUGGAGGUGCCCACAGCUGAAGGGGUACAAUGACACCCGGGGAAAAGGAGGUAACUGACACCUUGAAGGUUUCCUAGUGGCCCAGCCCAGCCAGGGUAGGAGACCCAGCAUGGGAGCAGGGCAGGAACUGCUCGCCAACACCUGGCUGUGCCCAAGUGGCAUUAGAAGUCCUACUGUGUUUGCAUUCGUACUGCAUUUCAGCUGCUGCACGUAACUAGGCCAGAACCACUAGGCAAGGCUGGCCAUGCUGCCUGCCCGCACCCGUGACCAGCCCUCUGCAUAUGGGUCGUCGUGCCCAGCCUGGGCUGCUGCUGCAGCUUCGUCUGGGUUGGUGAUUGGGUUGGGUUUUGCCUGUUGCUGCUCAUGGUUACGGGCUGGGGACUGGUGCUGCUGGACGCCUGCGACCUUCUUGAUCGCUUCCUCAACCUUGGAAACCGGAGUAGAUGCGAGGCUUGGGGUUGGACUUGGAAGAAGCCCCACAUUGGGAGCCCCUGGUGGCUCUAGUGGAAGAUACCCUAGUCCCCAGCUAGAGAGGAUGAGACCCAAGCUCUAUGCAGCCCAGAGCAAGAGCAAGUGACUGGGAGGACCAAGCUGGAGAAGGCAGCAAGGGAGGGGAGCUGCUUUGUACAUAUUUGGGGUUUAUAAUUUCUCUAAAUUUAAGAGAACAGGUGUUGAUUUAUUAAAGGGACAGGCAGUUAGUAGUGUUAAACAGUGCAUGUGAGGGAAAGUUUUAUGUUUUUCAUGGUGUUGAUAUUAUUUGGACUAUAUUGUGUCUGUCUGCUGGUCUCCGUGGUACCCCAUCUGGUAAGGAAGCUUCAGUGCUUAACAGGGCAUCGUUCGAGAUCAGAUGUAGAAGAAGGGGUGACCUCUGGCCUACUGUAUAGUGUGACCUUGGGAUUGACUUUAUGUCCUGAAGCAUUUCGGUGACUUCUGGGAAAAAGCCAAAACCCAUCUCACUGGUCCCAGGUGAGUAUAUAAUGAGGAAGUCAUGACACGGAGCCCAAAAGUACCCCAUGAAGAUGCAGGUAAGAUGCACGAGCUGCUGUUGUCAAGAGGGACAGAACUACCUGCUGGACCAUGAUCCUGGCAGUUCGGCCUUUAGGAGGAGGAGUAAAUGUGGGGAGAGCUGGGCAGGUACUUAGGUUACCUUAAGGGAGCAGCCCCGUGACUGAACGAGCACACACACAACGGGGCCAGCUACCAGGGGUGGAGUUUGGGCGGGAAGAGGGGAGAGAUCUUAGCAGCCGUCCCUACCAUCUUGCAACCAGAGCUGUAAGCCUGAGAUCCCCUCUGCUCGGAAAGCCUUAAGUUAGGGGCUUAGAGUUGAAGACACAGAUGGGGCUCUGGAGAAGGCAACACAGCACCGAUUGUUGGGCCGGCAGCAAAAGCUUGCCUGUGUGGGGAGAGGGCUGGGGUUUAGGAUAAUUCCAUCACCCACCACGUGUGGACAGAGCUGAUGACUGGUGUGGUCUCGGGGUCCCAACGUCGUGUGUGGCCAUUGGCAGAGCACGGACACAGUAGAGGGGGUGGGGUGACACCAGCUUGCCGCGACAUCAGUAACUCCUUUGGGUAACCAAGUAACAAUGUCCUGGUGGUUUUCAUUAUCAAAGCCAACCUACACAAAGAAAUUUUGGAAAAUAAAGUAGUAGAAAGAAGUACAAUUUUUAACAUUUUGGUGUUUCUCCUAGUCUCUCCCCACCCCCCGCCCCCCAUGGUUUCUCUGCUUUUUGUUUUAACAUAGUUGUGAUACUACCUACUGCAAUGAUCCAAUAUCGUGUAUUUUCAUUUACGUCACGGGCGUUUCCCCGUGUUCUUUCUAAUUUUAUGUUGAAAGGCCGUGUAGUCUUCCGUCAAGCAGUGCCAAUGGUUGAUCACCAAUGCUCUUACUAAUUUUUCACCAUUAGAAAUUGAUGAAUAUCUUUGUGCAUAAAGUUUCCCCCAACGUCAAGUUAUUUCCUUAGGGUAGAUUCUCAGAGGUGGGAUUUAUUGCAUUAAAGAAUAUGAAAACUUGUGAGACCAUGAUUACAUACUGACAAAUGGUCUCCAGAAAUGUUUAUACCCAUUUACACUGCCACCAGCAAAGAUAAAUGUGCUCAUUUUACCAUCUUGCCAGUACUGAGUAUUCUCAUCUGGCCAAAUACUUGCUAAUCUGAUCAUGAAAAAAAUAACAUUGUAUUUUAGUUUGCAUUUUUUCGAUUUCUAGCAAAGUAGAACAUCUUUUCAUGUCAAGCAGUUGUAUUUCUUUUGUGGAUUGUCGGUGUCCUCUGCUCUUAUCUACUGGGGGUCUGAUAAAUUUGUAUGAGCUCGUUAUAUAUUAAAGAUAUUAA